AUGGCGGCCACAGAUAUUCCUAUUGUGGACUUCAGUGCAAUGAGCCUAGAUAACAAAGAUCCUCUGUCGGAAAACGGCCAGGCUAUCAGGAUAGUAGCCAAUGAAGUUUACAGAGCUUUUAGCACAACUGGAUUUGUUUAUCUCAAAAAUCAUGGGAUUUCAAAAGAGACGGUAAGUACAGAGCAAAAUUCGAAAUUAAUUCGAACUUUAGGCCCCUUAUAGAAAAUACGCGACUUUUCUAACAGUGUUGUGUAAGUAAUGUGUUGUACACUUAUUUUCGAGGGUUAAACCUCCAAUCCAUGCUUAGUGGCUAGAGAGGCAACUUUCUAAUUUUUAUAUUAGUCUUUACAAGCUUAAUUGCGCAACGUGAAGUUUUUAAUUAGGAGCAAUAAUUAACCUCCAAAGUUUCAGCAUUAACUACUUUCCAUUUACAGUCACCACAGCUGUAUUAGAUGAAAAUGAAAAUUCUGUUAUGAUCAGCAUUGUAGGGCGCAAUCCAUUCAACCAAAAUUUCCGGAAAGUUGGGUCCAAAAUGGAUCAUGCCCAUAGUUAUAGGAGUUGUUAUGACAACAUAAUGGCAUUAUUAGUUAAUAUUGUACUGGCAGUCAUUUUCCCACAUUUGGAGGUCUUUUUCCAAAAAUUGUUUAUGGGAGCUUGUACCCACAAUAGCCACCUCACGUGGUUUCCUAAAUUAUUGUCCUCUGUUUCAUUGUCAUGCCAUCUAAAAUAAAAAUGCAAACCAUUCAAUACAGAAAGUCCAGAAACUGGGAAAUGAAAGAAGUUAAAUUCAAAAAGCCUUGCCAAGAACCAGGUCUGUGUGAUAUUUCAUACGCAAGAUAUUCGAAGAAGCAUUUUACCCAAAUUUAUAAAGCUUUGUAUGGAGUCGCCAUGUUAGUGUCUGUUUGAGGGGCACAAAUAUGGCUGCCGGAAACCAAUAGAAACAUAAGUCUUUGAGUUUUCUUGGGGGAUGCAAAAGUGCAAAAACGUCACUAUGAGGAACUCAUAACUAUUAAAGUUAUAUUUAUUCAGAGACAAGGAAUGUUUAGAUACAGCAAAAUCUAAAAAAAAUCGGUAAAGUUUUUAACCCAUAUAAUAGCUUUCCAGGCUGCCAGCUAAAUGCCGCAUCAUGCAAAAGCCUGAAAAUUCAAUCAUUCUCUAUCACAAAACAAAGAACCCUUUCAAACCAAAAAUUUGUAUAGAUGUCUAGGUGCUGUAAUACCUCAUGAAAGAAGAAACUCAGAAGAACUGAUGGUUUCUUAGUUUGAAUUUUGGUGGCGUAUUAUGAAAAACAAGAAUUAUAACAAUCAAAAAGAGUAAACUAUGUUAUUAUUAUUUUGCAAAAAUGCUGGUGAGAGCCCCUCACCUCAUGCUUAUCACUGCAGAGACAUCCUUUUUUCUUGUAAUUGGCUUAAGCUAUCCCCAUGAACUUUUCACGUGCAUUUUCAAAUGGAGUGAAACUAUGAGGUGAAAAUUGCUUUUUCAAAGAGUUCUUUUUCUCUUGAUAUUAACCAAUUAUCAUGGUUAAUAAAGGAAAUUGUACAGUUUUAACCUGCAUUUCAUCAUUCAUCUUAUAUGCUUGAACUUAUGUCGUACCACUGUGGAUAUUAGAUGUCGCAUUCUGUAAGUUUGAAAAAUUUAAUAUUCAUGGUAUUUUUAAUUUCCCAGAAACUUUGAAAGCAGUAUUCAAGACGUGGUUAGCACAUAGGCUUUGUACAGUGGUACAUUACAUUUGAUGGAGUUAAGUGCUCUAUCUAGGUCCUGUUAGAGUAGAAUUCUGACAGGCAACGUGGACUUGAAACAGCAACAUUUACACAAGACAGACAAAAUGAGUACAGACCACCCCAAACUAAUAAGGCAGUAACAAAAAUUAGCACAAAUACUAUGAGUAGUAAAAACAACAGAGUCAACAUCGCUUCCUCAUCAGUAAGUGAAACAGUUUUUGAAAAUUAGAGUUUUAGGAUAUAUGUAUCACUCCCCUAUUAUUCAGCCUCUAGCCUAGGAAGACCUCUUUGUUCUUUUUUGCAGGUUGACACAGUUUUUGAAACCUUUGAUCGGUUUUUUAACUUGAGUCCUGAAGUAAAAGCAAAAUAUGCUAAAACAGAUGUAACAUCAGCAAAUGGCUGGGACGCAGUGGAGAGAGAAAGGUAACUUUGUAUAUAUAUGAAAUUUUUUGCAUGUUCAUCAGGAAUGCAAUAAUUUUUCUAGAGAGUUUUAUCAGAAGGGAUAAUUUUCUGAGGUGCUAUUUUUGACUGUAGAAAAAUUGCAAAAAUAGUUUUGAUUCACAAGAAUAUAAGGUCCCAUAUCAGGGCUUGUGAUAUUUUGCAGUGGUGUAAUUUUACACAAGAGAUCUAAAAGACAUUAUCCAAUGGCCUCUCAUAAUUCAUUAAAAAUGCAUUUAAUCUGGACAAAAAAGCAAUAAUUGCAAUUAUUUAUUAUAAAUGCCAAUAUGUGUUUACUCUAACCAUACUGUUAGUAUUACAAACAAAUGGAGAAAUAGCAUGAGUUAUUGCCACAUGAGACUCCCUGGGAACUUCACAUAAUUUACCAAGAAUAUUUUUUUGCUUUUCGUGAAACAAGAAUCCAACAUCCUGAUGAAAUUCCUACACCUAUGAUGGAUACAUGUAUAUUAUUAUUAUGACAGAAAACAUCUUGACUAAGGAUUUGUCUACUUCUAAAACUAACCAAAGACGUGUACAUUUAUAGAUGAAUGUAGUUCAGAAUGAAAUUCAUGUUAGAAUGUUUUCAGUACUUAAAAAAAAAAACAAGCCGGAUUGUCAGGUUAAAAACUUGAGGCAAAGCCUAGAGUUUUUACGCCUGAUAAUAGACGACUGCCAGUUUUUUGAAUGGCUUCGAAAUCUCUGAUGUAGAUCAACUCAUUCUUACACUAAUAUUUAGAUUUGGUGUUAUUUUGGUUUAAAAAAUUGGACGUAAAGUUUAGUCAUGUCUUUAUCAGAUAUAAAGACACUCAUUAAACAUUAAUUUCUUUUGUUUUUUCUUUAUGAAUUAUUAAUGAGAUUAUGAAUCUCAGUUUGUCCUCUUACUGUCAGAGUAAAAGAGAAUUAUUUGGAGUUAAAGCUUUAAGUCAUUUUCUUUUCAGGCUUAACCCAGACAGACCGGGAGACUUAAAAGAGUCCUUUGAUGUUGAAUGCUUGGAUAAAAAAUUUGUAAGUGUGAAAAAUUACACACUACUUUUGUUCUGAUUUUACAGUUUCUGUUAUGUAACGUUUUUUUUUGCACCUGUUUCAUUUGCAACUUUUUAAUUGAACCUUAAACUCACAGAAAUAAUUGAUGUGUAAAUUAUCCGUAGAAUAUGCAAUACAUUGUCCAAGAAAGAGGUGAUGAGAAUAGGCGAAUUAAUCGGCCAGAUGUUGCCAUAUUGAUAUAACCCCAAGUUCGCUUAACUAAUGCAUAAUAAAAAUAAAUGUAUAGCAGCCACAAAAGAGAAUUACUAAUCAGAUCUUAAGAGUUCAAGGGCUAAAGGAAACAAUGUACAAUUCCAUGCGUGAAGGCUGUCUGCCUGUUUUUUACGAAAAAUGCAAGGUACAGACUCUGGGCCAAAAAUUAUCUUUAGCCUUUGCCUCAAACUGCCCAGCAUGUUUAUGUAAAGACUAAAAUUUUCUUGUUGCCCUAGGGAAAAAUAGGCUGAAAGGGACCACUUGAUCCUUCUAAGGGCAGGCCUUUUUUUGGCCAAUGAUUUUGUCCCGGGAAAUAUCAAUUGUUAUUUUAUCAUCUCCUUCUUUUCUUCAUAAUACUUGUGAUUGCACAGUGAUCAAACUUAAUUGUUGCUGCUUAAUAAUUAACAUUUAUUUUGUUAUUAUCACACAGAUGUGGCCAAACAAUGAGCUGCCAAACUUUUGUAACACAGUGAUUUCUUUCUACCAAACUGUCUCAGAUCUAGCUUUAAGAAUUCUUACUGUAAUGGCAGUAGGCCUGGAAUUGGUAAGUUAAUAGCCUAAAAAUGAAUUAAAUAAUAAGUAAGUUAACUUGAGUAAGUACAUGUAACCUUGUUUGUUUUAUUUAAAUUUCUGUUCUUGUUACUAAGAUGAUGGGUGCCUUGAUACACUGUACGUCUAGCUGUACCAUUCUGUCAAAUUAGACUCAAAAUUAUUAUUGUUUCAUUUUUUGGACUUUUUACAUGUUACUUUGUCUUCUUUGAACGUUUUACAUUAUGGAUCGAGAGCAAUCACCAUUUCUUGGUUCUGCAUGGUAAUUUUGGAACCCUUCAAAGUUAUCAAGAAUUUUAAUUUUGAAAACAAGCUUAAGAGAUGUCAGAACCAUUGUCAAGUUGCAUGCUGUGGAAGGGGGAGCAGGAAGUAUAAGUGAAUAACUGAACUGUCAUCAUCAUCAGUAGUUUUCUGUAGAGGAAGGCCUUAAAAAUUUAGGGUCCAUUAUUUUUCAUGCAUGAAUAAGGUAAAAGAGUAAAAAUUGAUAAAUGCAAGCUUAGAAAACUGGGAGAAAGAUUAAGCAAAAAACUAUUAAUUCUCCCCUCUGCACUUGCCUGAAAUUUGCACCAUGAAGGAAAACCAAGCAUAGUGCUUGAUUUGAAACACAAUUUGGGUACUUUGGGGCAGUAUCUCCUGGUCUAGAAUGGGUCGAACAUGAAAAAACAGUUUCCUUGACAUAAUAUACAUUUUUUACAAGUUCUAUGCACCAGUCUACAAGUUCUAUGUUGUUGUUUAGAUGUGAGGAUUAGGUUGACUACCCUUUAGGCAGUCAGUUAUUCAUGGCUUUCACAAGCUAAUACACAUUCUAAAGAAGUUGCGUCUGCUUUCAGAGUUACUAGGGACUUUAAGAUCCAACGACGCGACGGCGACAAGAAUGUCGCUUAAAAAGUGAAUUUGCGUUCUUUCAGUCUUUAUAACGAUUAUUCAUACCCACUUACUUUGUCAAUUGUAGGCGAAUCCUCCUGAAGCUGAAUUGCAAGGGACCAAAUUCAAGCUCUGAAAGAAAAUAAAAUUUCGUCGUUGCUUGUUUACGUCCUCCAUAAAACGCGAAAUAAGGCAUUUUCACGUCGUAGUCGUGCAAAAACGGGAAAGAAAUGGUCAAAAAAGUGUGAUGCACGUGCGAAGUUGUUGUUUUGCUAAUUAAACCAAUUGUUUUUUUGACGUCCUCGUUGCCGUUCGCGUCGUUGGAUCUUAAACUCCCUAUUAUCAGGUUGACAAACAUCAGUUAUUUUCCGUGGGCAUACUCCCAUAGAUAUAUGUAAUGGCCUAUACAGGCAAGGUUGCGACCAAAAAGGGGACCUUUUUCAGGCUUCAGGUAUAUCAGAGGGUAGGGUUUUCCUUGUUGAAAUGCAGUAAAAACCUGCGUGUAAGAACCUAGCGGUUUAAGAACCUACUGGCAGAAUUUCCCAUUUUUAUACCCCAAAAUAUAAGAACCUGUUUAGCUAAGCAAAAUUUAUUAGGUUCUUAUAUGUGAGUUAUGGGAUAUUUUCAUAAGCAUUUUUAACUAAGAAGUAUAACUUUGGUGACUUUGUGAAGUGAAGUCUGUAAUUGUUUAUUUUCUUUGGACCUUGUGCAUGUGUUCCUUGAAGUUCAGCCAUUUGAAACAUUAGUCCUCCCCUACAGUAAGAAAAAGCGUACUAGCCUCAGCUUUGUUUCAUCGUGUACCGGAAAGGUCUAUGUAAUGGUUCAAUGUAAAAAUUUAAUUGUUAUGGCUUACUGUAUUCGUAACUUAUUUUUUGGUAGCCGGGGAAUAUAGUCGGCUUUCUACGCUUCUCGUCUUUAGGGAACAAUCAUAGCUCCUGAUCGGAUUCUGGACAGAUUUUACCUCACCAGUAUAGAAUUUCUCUCUUUGAGGCGCGCUGACGUCGUUCCAGCAAAACGCAAAUAGCGGCGAGGUUUGAGGAUGACGACUGCAUUCGCAGGCUGGUAUUUUUUUUUUCUAAUUUGCUGUUUAUUUUUGCUGACAUUGAUCUUUUAGGAGCCAGAUGCAUUCACGCGCUACUUCAAAAAGAUGGGUACGUCGGAGGGUGCAACUCAACUUAGGUAUAACUUUUAUCCCAAAGUUGAAGAGUUGAAGCAAGUCAAGACAGACCAGAUAAGGUGUGGAGAGCACACGGAUUAUGGUGCUAUUACGGUUCUUUUUCAAGACAGCAUAGGGGGAUUAGAGGUAAGUAAAAGAGGUCUAAUAGAGAGGAGAAGUGUGAUGUCAUGUUACCAUGGUAGCAAAAUUUCUGGAUCACAGCAAUAGGGAGCUCAAGCAAUGAUGACGGCGACGGCAACGAGAACGGCAAAAAAGAAUAGGUUUAUAUUAGCAAAACAACAACCUUGCACGUGCAUUAUGCUUUUUUGUACAUUUCUUGGCCGUCGUUACACGAAGUCCUGCGACAUGAAACUUCCUAAUUUUACGCGCCCGCUUUAUGGAGUACAAGGUGAACACAACACAAAAACCUUUUUCUUUUUCUUAACGUAGGUACGAUCCUUUCGGAUUCAAUUCCAGAAAAGUUCGCCAACAUUUGACAAAAUAAAUGGAACAGAAUAAGAUCGAUAAAGUCUGAAACAGUGCAAAUUCACUUUUUAAGUGACGUUUUCGGUGUUUUGUCAUCCAGAAAUUUCGCUACCAUGGCAACGUGAUGUAAAGACUUCUCCUCUCUAUUCUUUACACAACUGUCUUGCCGCAGCCAUGUGGGUUUCUUUUGUUGAAAACUUUGACUUGCCGACUUUGAUUCACAGGUAAAGAAUGUUAAGGGUCAAUUUGUACCCGCUCCACCCAUUGAAGGAACAGUACUGGUCAACAUCGCAGAUUUGAUGCAAAGAUGGACGGCAGACAAACUUAAGUCUUCGGUACGCAAACCUCUCGUAUGUUCUUUGGUUUUAUUUAACAUCAGGCCUCGGUUGUUCAAACGUUGGAUAGCGCUAUCCACCGGAUAAAUCACUAUCCAACGGAUCAGUAUUACGAAAAUUAAUUACGGUAUCCGCUGGAUAGUGAUUUAUCUGGUGGAUAGCGCUAUCCAACGUUUGGACAACCGGGGCCAGGAGUAUAAGCCAGCGCGAUGCUCACAUGUAAUUCUAAAGACGAAUGGGUUCAAGACAUCAUCUGUCUGAUAGAUUUGUUUAACGAGGGAGGGAGGGAGGUCAAUCACUCCCCGACUCUUCCCCUCGCCCUGGAUUAUGCCCCCCUCUUAAAUGGCCACAAUUAAAGGUCAUAACACCCACUUUCGUAAACGUAGUCUCGUUAAACAGUGUAGCAAUUUUUUUUCCCGAAACGUCAUACGAAGUGCUUUAAUUCGCGUGCAGGUAAACAGAUUUAGCGCGCAAAAUAGCCUUUGGAGUUCCUUAUAUUACAGAAGGGUAAUUAAAAAAGUAACGCUCCACGCUAACUGUUUUCUAGGUCCAUCGUGUAUUAAUUCCAGAGUCUGAGCAAAGACGUUCUGUUGCCCGCCGCUCCUUAGUAUUGUUUACCGAUCCAGAUCUCAAUGAAGUUAUCGAAUGUGUGGAUGGCUCGAAUAAAUACCCGCCAAUCACGACACGAGAUUGGAAAAAGAAAAGGCUCUUGGAAACGUAUUCGUACUAG